UCGCUUUUACGUGUUAUUCGGUCGAACUGUAAUUCCAAAAGACAAAAAAUCAGAAGAAUUUUCAUAGAGAAAUAGUAUGCGAAAUUACAAAUUGUCUAUCAGUCGGCUGGAUGAAAUGUCACAGAAAAAUUGAAAUUUGGAGACUGGACCUAAGGCGAUGAGUAAUAGACAGGUUUUCCCUUAAAAGUGGAAGCUCAUUGGCAGAAAUCGGUUUACUGUAAGUGUCAGGUAUAAGUGUCAGGAGAGAUAUCCCCACUACUGUAAAUAGGGGUAGUUGAAGCAAGCGAAAACAUAAAUACCAAAUUAGAGCUUAGAUAAAACUUCAUUUAACAAGUAUCUGUCUUGAGAGUAAGAUUAGUGCGAAGUAUCGUACUUGUGUUUUGGAACAUAUCGGUUUUUAAAACGAACCUGUGCGAGAAAUAGUUGUUACCAUGGCGACGGCAAGAACUGAAAAUGUUAGCAACAUCGAUUAUGAGCUCUUAGCACUCUUCGACGAUCCCGUUGCGUUGUCGCAGCUGGAGAAUAUUCUACUUAAUUCAGAAUUGUACAACAUGUACGAAAUAGAUCAAAUUCAAAUAGUGCCGCCAAUAGAAAAUAACGUGGAAAUCAGAAAGGAUAACGAAUGUCAGGAUAAUGGAACAAACACCACACCCAACGAGGAGGCAAAAAAACAUGUUUUCGCAGUACCUAUAGUAUACAACUGCAUGUACUGUGAAAGAAGAUUCUUCAACCAAACAGCGCUUCGUAGACAUCAGCUGAAUCAUGCGAAAGACCUACUGCGUUGUAACCACUGUGGAUUUCGAUCAUACAGUUUUGGAUUUCUUCGUCGCCAUCAUACAUACUACCAUCACACCCAAUGCAGUCAAUAUGUUAGAAGAAUGCCAAUGAAGGAAUAAUGUUCAGUUAUUUAGAACUUCAAUUAAUAGAUCUCUCUAUACAUCAUUCAUACAUUUUAACAUUUUCAUCAAAGUUAUACUAAAUAUUUUAGUAUUAAUCAUUGUUUCUAUCUCAUUACUUUUAUUAUUACUUUGU